CGGCAGCAGUCGAAGUGACGUCGUCCAAUGGUGGUGUUUACUUAAGGUCUUAGUCAAAUAUAUAAGCUGAAAGCGAGGUUGUUCAGGUCCUGUCAUUUCGCGUACGGCAAGAAGGUGUGAAGUAGUGUGCUUCUUUUUUUUUACUUUAGUUCUCUUAGUGACGAUGGCGCGGUUACAGCACGCGCUGCUCUUGCUGUGUUUCAUAUGGACUUUUACCGUAACGAAACAACAAUCCAGUGAAGAACCACCAAAGAAAGAAGACAGCUUCGAGGCUGAACUAUGCAAAGACAAAGAUGCCGGCGAAUGGUUUAGAUUGGUAGCUGGUGAGGGCGAUAACUGCCGUGACGUCAUUCAAUGUACCUCAUCUGGUCUCCAAGCAAUUCGUUGCCCUGCAGGUCUCUACUUCGAUAUCGACAAACAAACUUGCGACUGGAAAGACUCCGUCAAAAAUUGCAAAUUGAAAAACAAAGAGCGUAAAGUGAAACCUCUGCUCAACACCGACGAACCGUUGUGUCCUGACGGUUCCUUAGCUUGCGGCGACGGCAACUGUAUCGAAAGAGGCCUUUUCUGUAACGGAGAAAAAGACUGCGCCGACGGAUCAGACGAAAACACUUGCGACAUCGACAAUGAUCCAAACCGCGCUCCGCCAUGCGACCCUGCCGUCUGCAAUCUUCCCGACUGUUUCUGUUCAGAAGACGGUACCACCAUUCCCGGCGAUCUUCCCGCCAAAGACGUACCCCAAAUGAUCACCAUUACCUUCGACGAUGCCAUCAACAACAACAACAUUGAAUUGUACAAGGAGAUUUUCAAUGGAAAACGCAAGAAUCCUAACGGGUGCGAUCUCAAAGCCACUUUCUUCAUUUCGCACAAGUACACCAACUAUUCGGCCGUACAGGAAAUGCACAGGAAAGGACACGAAAUUGCUGCACAUUCGAUCACUCACAACGACGAUGAACGUUUCUGGUCAAACGCAACGGUCAACGAUUGGGUGAAAGAGAUGGGAGGCCAAAGAAUUAUUACUGAAAAAUACGCUAACAUCACCGACAACAGUGUUGUAGGUGUCCGUGCCCCUUACCUCAGAGUAGGCGGUAACAAUCAAUUUACCAUGAUGGAAGAAGAAGCUUUCUUAUACGACUCCACCAUUACCGCCCCAUUGAACAAUCCACCAUUAUGGCCGUACACCAUGUACUUCCGUAUGCCUCACAGAUGUCACGGAAACCUUCAAAGUUGUCCAACCAGAUCUCACGCCGUUUGGGAAAUGGUUUUGAACGAACUCGACCGUAGAGAAGAUCCUACCAACGACGAAAACAUUCCUGGUUGCGCUAUGGUCGACUCUUGCUCAAACAUCUUAACAGGAGAUCAAUUCUACAACUUUUUAAACCACAACUUUGACCGACAUUAUUUGGAAAAUCGUGCUCCGAUGGGUUUGUACUUCCAUGCAGCUUGGUUGAAAAACAAUCCCGAUUUCUUGGACGCUUUCCUGUAUUGGAUUGAUGAAAUUUUAUCCAACCAUAAUGAUGUAUACUUUGUUACCAUGACUCAAGUUAUUCAAUGGAUUCAGAAUCCCAGAACCGUUACGGAAGCUAAGAAUUUCGAUCCUUGGAGGGAAAAGUGUGUGGUUGAAGGACCACCUGCCUGUUGGGUACCUCACAGUUGCAAGUUGACUUCCAAAGAGGUUCCCGGCGAAACUAUUAAUCUUCAAACUUGUGUAAGAUGUCCAAAUAAUUACCCAUGGUUAAACGAUCCCACCGGAGAUGGUAUUUUCUAAGUCAAAUUUUAAUGGACUUUUUUUUAAAUUAAUAAUAGUGGUGUCACCCUUGCCGAAUCAGGGUCAAAGUGAUCUUUUCUUUUACGUUACUCUUUUUAUAUUUAUUAUGUGAAAUGACUGUAUGCGUGAUCUUUUUGUUGUUUUAUUUUGUAAUAAAUGAUAUCUGAAUAAGAUUAGACUGUUAAUUUUUCUCCUAGAACGCUAUAUUAAUAAUGUCGUCGGUGGACUUUCACACGCCAAAAAAAAAAAAAACGACAUAAAUUAUGUAACAUAAUAUAACAAUCUUAAAUAUUAUUUAUAUGACACUUUAGGUUACAAUUUUUUGUGUGUAAAUUAUAAUUUUAUUUUUAAAUUCCUCAGUAAUAAAAACUGUUUUUAAAUACGUGA